AUGAAUAACUUAAGCGAUGCCUCAAAAGGAGGCGAGUAUGCACGCGGUUCUGUUGAACGGUCCCGUGAUCUCGUGGAUCGAGGUCAGCAAACUCGAGCCUCGCGCUUUCACCUGGAACGCCACCUCCCCCACUACCGCCGCUAUCUUCCCCACUUCCGCGAACACGGCCGCCAUCGACUUACCGGCGUUAAGGCCGACGCCGUUCUCGAAGCCCACGCACGCCCUUGCUCUCUGAGCUGGGCACAAGUGCGCGGGGCAAUCUUCGAGUACCCUGGCCCCAGGCGCCAGGUCAAAGGUCGAACGCGGUCCGGGCGCGGAUUCUCGGCUUACCAGCCCGAGACCAUCGAGGCGCCUAUCGACUAUGCCCUCCUGCUCAAACAUGCGGUCGAGGUGCAGCUCGAGCAGGCUGAGGACGACUGGGCCCGCUUGCACGGCACCGUACAUACGGACCCUUUCUCCCAUCACCAAUCUACGCCAUACCCCCGCCCUUCACGCCCUCCAUCCCCCUUGACGCCGCCCACCCGCGGCCGGUCACCCCCCGCGCCGCCACCGCCUCCCAGCCCGCCCCCUUCGCGCACCAGCACCGUCUACGUCAUGGAGCUUGACGAGCUGGUCAGCGGAAUAGCGCAGACCGAGGCCGCGUCGAGUAACGCCGCUGGACGUAAACGGCCCGCAUCCGCGAUGAACUGCGGUCUCCCGCCGCCCGCUUUCUACCACGAGCAUCACUCGGGAGAGCCCGCCAAAUGUGCGUUGUGCGAUGCACCACCAACCGUUCCCGACGGCGCUUACAUGGACCACGACCUGGACAACGAGGACGAGGACUGGGAGUAUCCGAGGGGCUGGAACGAGCAAUAG